CCAUCCGCGACUACGCUGCUUCUGCUGCUGGCACAGCCAACUAUCCAGUUAGUUUGUUCUUAACCUGGCCUCGUCUGUGGUCCGCGUAUCAGUGCGAACGCCUACCGCGAUUUUUCGGCCGAAAAAUCGCCCACCAACCGAAAAGUGAGAGUGUGCGUCGAAAAUAUGCGACCACUUGAUUUUUGAGUGUCUUAUUGUGCUGGAUUAUUUCGCCGUUUUAAUUAAUAAAGGAAACAUGGAACUGGUGUAAUUUCAGCAAAAAUCCUUAUAAAAAUGGCUCGAAGAGUCGGCAAAAAUCACUAUGUAGCGUCACCACGUCACCAUCAUUCCCCCACCCCUGUGCACGUGACCAGAAGCACGGCCUAUUCUGAUGGAGAAGAAAGUCAAAGGGCCCCCUCGGAAAGAACCUUGUCCGAAUAUACCUCAGUGCCAUAUAGGAUAGUAAACGAAAGAAACGGACGAAAUCACCAUAGCAAUGGCCACCACAACCCGCCUCGUGCCGCCUCUGCUUUAAGCAGGGGCAGCGGUUACGACAAUGGGUCGGAUAUUUACGUUACCAGUGGCGCGUAUAAGGCCCCUUCGGAAUUAAGUCGUGGUUCGAGGGCCAGGGCCCCCAGUCACUACUCGUACAGGAGCGGGGUGGCCCCUUCGGUUGCCAGCACUGCAAGAACAAAAACCUCCCGUAAAGGAGGCGUCACCGUGGAAACAAUGGCGGCCCCUAACCCCUUUUGCCCGAACAUAAAGGGCAUGUGUUGCCUCAUGCUUUUGCUGAAUUUGGGCAUCAUAUUGGUGACACUCGGGUUCGUCAUUGUCAUACAAUUCUACGAACCUUUUUACGUAUGGAUUUUGGGUAUAAUUUUCUUGAUUUUCGGCUUUUUAACGCUGAUAGGCAGUAUAAUAUACUGCGUGGUCAUAUGCAGGGACUUUAAAUCGCCCAGCGAGAUAAAUCCGGACGAUUUGUAUUGGACGCAUCAUUGGCAGAAACAUAUUGGUACCCCUGAAAUUCACUAUAAAGCCGAGGAAAAAUAUCCGGAUGACAGAUAUAGUGACAGGUACUCGGUUAGUAAGCUGUCAGCGAAAUACUCGGACAGAAAUGGCAGAUAUUAAUUUUUGUGAUAAAAAAAUAUUAAAACUAAUUUUGCAUUUCAUAAAUUUUAUUUUGUAACUAAUACAAUACCUAAAUAGACUGAUUUUCAGUUUAGUAAACGUACUUAACUUAUUUUAGGAUUUAUUACCUAUCAAAUAAAUAAAUGUACUAUAGUAUAUAUAACAAGCUUUAUUACAA